AUGCUCAACCAACCUAUCAAUCUGGACGUUUUCCGCAGACGCCUGGCAACCGUUGAUGCACAACCGCAAUUGGCGUUGCUUGGUUUUGUUACCGGCAUCGUUACAGCGGCUGUCAUUCUGGGUUUCCGCACCGUAGUGGAUGCGGGUCUUAUCUGGCUCCCCGGCGACAGCACGGAAAAUUUUGAAGGGUUGGACACCGUCACUCGCGCGAUACUGAUUAUGAGUGGCGCAGUCGUAUUAGGGUUAUUGCUCAACCGCUAUAAAUCGUCCGCACGGCGCGUCGGGGUUGUGCAUGUGAUGGAGCGUCUGAGCCUGCACCAGGGCAACCUGCCUUUAAAAAACGCGGUGAUUCAGUUUAUUGGCGGCGCCAUUGCGCUGGUUACCGGUCAAUCCGGUGGUCGCGAGGGGCCUGCGAUUCAUCUGGGCGCCACCGCCGCGAGCUUGCUUGGGCGCGCGUCCAGACUACCGAACAACAGUCUACGCACCAUGGUGGCGUGCGGUACUGCUGCUGCCAUCGCCAGCAGCUUCAAUACGCCUAUUGCCGGUGUCAUUUUUGCAAUGGAAGUGGUGAUGAUGGAAUACACCAUUGCCAGCUUUAUCCCGGUUAUCGUUGCUGCGGUAACAUCAACUCUGAUCACGCAGUUUGUGUACGGCAAUGAACCGGCUUUUAUCGUUGCUCCCUCAACCAUGCAUUCGCUGUUCGAAAUUCCCUACCUGGUUCUAGGUGGCAUCCUCAUUGGCUGUAUCGCCGCAGGUUACAUCCAGUUAAUCCAGGCGUUUGCCCGUUUGUCAGAACAGCCUUUAUGGCAACGCAUCGUCAUGGCCGGCGCAAUCACUGCAACCGUUGCGGUAUUUGUGCCACAGGUUAUGGGCGUCGGUUACGACACGGUGAACCAGUUAAUGGUUUCUGAAGUAUCGAUCGUGGUGCUGUUAUUGAUUUUAUUGGCAAAAGUGGUCACCAGUGCCGCAGCGGUCGGUUUAGGAAUGCCUAUCGGUUUGAUUGGCCCAAGCCUGUUUAUCGGAGCGAUCCUCGGUAGCUUAUUUGGCAGUUUGCUGAUCAGUUGGGAAGUUGCCGAUGUUUCUCUCGGGCUGUACGUUAUGUUGGGUAUGUGCGCGAUGAUGGCUGCCGUUUUACAGGCACCCCUGGCGGCGUUAAUGGCGGUGAUGGAACUGACCGCCAACACCAAUAUUAUUUUGCCGGCAAUGGUUAUAAUCGUCGUGGCCACCAUGGUCACCAGCCAGGUUUUCCGGCAGCGCUCUGUGUUCAUCACCACGCUAAACACCUUGGGCCUGCAAUAUCCGCCUAACCCGGUAACACUGCAUCUGCAGCGGGUUGGCGUCACCGCCAUCAUGGACAGAUCUUUUGUGCGCCUGCCAUCACAGAUCAGUGUAUCCGAGGCGGAGGAAACGCUUGCAAAAAAACCGCACUGGAUCAUCGUCGAGGACAAAGACGCUUUGCCCACUGCGGUGCUGAACCCAUCCGACCUGGCCGCUUUUGUUGAACUCAGGCAAACACGAGAGUCUGAGCAAUUAGAGUUGAUUGAAGACCAGGCGGAUGAAAAAAUCCGCCUCUUACAGAUACCCGGUCAGCGCAUGGAUGUGACCACCAUUGGCGCAGAGGCCACGGUGAUGCAGCUGCAGGAACUGCUGGACAAGACACAAUCUGAAGCCUGCUGCGUGACUCGCACCACCGCGCCGAUGAUUAAACCCAUUAUUGGUGUUGAACACGUCGGCAUGACCUUUUACUUGUGGCUUAAAGCUUUCCACAUCAUCUUCGUUGUCACCUGGUUUGCGGGCUUGUUUUACAUGCCGCGGCUGUUCGUCUACCACUCUGGCGCAACUGACGAGGUCAGCAGAGAACGCUUCAAAGUGAUGCAGGCCAAACUCUACAAAAUCAUCAUGAACCCCUCGAUGAUCGCAACCCUGGUACUAGGCACAUGGCUUCUGAUCGAAAGCUGGCAGGCAUUUUCCGCCCAGGGAUGGAUCUGGCUAAAGUUAUUAUUUGUCAUCGCACUGAUCGGAUAUCAUCAUUACUGCCUGCGGAUCAUCAAAGCGUUUGCCGAUGAUCGUGCCCUCCACAGCGAAAAGUUUUACCGCAUCUUCAAUGAACUACCCUCCCUGGUAUUGGUGGCUGUGGUCGACCUGAUUCGUCGUGCCAAGCGCAGCAUUCCCGGUGGCGUCAACUCACCUGUGCGCGCAUUCAAAGGCGUGGGCGGUGACCCGGUAUUUUUCAAUCGAGGCAACGGCCCGUACGUGUACGAUGUGGACAACAAUCAGUACGUCGAUUACGUGGGGUCAUGGGGACCCAUGAUUCUGGGUCACGGCCACCAGCCCACCGUGGACGCUGUUGUUGCUCAGGCACAAAAAGCUCUCGGCUUUGGUGCGCCGACUGAAGGCGAAAUCACGCUGGCAGAGGCCAUUAUCGAACGUGUCCCCAGCAUUGAAAAAGUGCGCAUGGUGAAUUCCGGUACCGAAGCAACGAUGUCAGCCAUUCGACUUGCACGUGGAUUUACCGGCCGCGACAAGAUUCUGAAAUUCACCGGCUGUUAUCACGGCCACUCAGAUUCACUGCUGGUAAAAGCAGGUAGUGGUGUACUGACGCUGGGCAUACCCAAUUCGCCUGGCGUACCUGCAGCCGUCGCCGCGGAUACGUUGAACGCACCUUUUAACGAUAUCAGCGCUGUGCAAGCCAUCUUUGCUCAGUACCCGGAACAGAUUGCCUGCAUCAUUGUUGAACCCAUUGCCGGAAAUAUGGGCUGCAUCCCACCGGUUGAAGGUUUUUUGGAGGGGCUUCAGGACAUUACCCGCAAGGAUGGCGCGCUGCUGAUUUUUGAUGAAGUCAUGACCGGCUUCCGCGUGCAUAAGGGCAGCGCUCAGGGCAUGUAUAAUAUCCAACCCGACUUAACCACACUGGGGAAAAUUGUUGGCGGCGGUCUGCCGGUUGGCGCAUUUGGCGGGCGCGCCGAUGUCAUGUCCUAUAUAGCUCCUGAAGGUCCGGUGUAUCAGGCAGGCACUCUGUCCGGCAACCCACUUGCGGUAAGCGCAGGUCUCAGCACUCUGUCGCACCUGGAUGACGCGUUGUACGAGCGCGUUGCACAAGCAACCGACGCGUUGGUUGCAGGCUUAAAGGCGUUGGCUGCCAAGCACAAAGUGCAAAUGGCCACGAAUCACGUCUGUGGCAUGUUUGGUCUGUUCUUUGAUGUGGAGCAGGUUGAAAACUUUGACCAUGUAUCAAACUCCAAUGUCGAAAAGUUCAACCGCUUUUUCCAUGCCAUGUUGGAUAAUGGUGUCUAUCUGGCACCUUCCGCAUUCGAAGCAGGAUUUGUCUCAGGCACACACAACAGCGAGGCAAUCGAAGCCACGUUAUCCGCAGCAGACCAAGCCUUUGCUGCGCUCUAA